GAAUGUGACAACUAAGUUGAAGUAUCCACAUUUAAAAAAACACAAAUUACACACUAAUAUACAACCAAAAUCACCAUUACACAUUAUUUUUGGUAACUCAAUUCUUUUGUUUCUGUUUUUAAUUUACUACUUUUCUUAAUUACAUUCAUACUAUAUAUUAACAAAACUAGUUAAAAGUAUUGUUAAUUAAUUCUUAAUUACCUCUCUCUCUCUCUAAAAAAAAAAAAAAAGUCUCUUUUUGACCAUCAUCUUCUUCUUCCCUUCUUCGUCGUCCCUGCCCCAUUCCUUCCUCUCUCUCUCUCUCUUUCUCUCUCUACAACUCACACACGCGCUUUCAAUCUCUUAAUUUCUUAAUGAAUGAUAAAUUUUCUUGCAUAUCAAAUUUUUUGCCUUGUUUUUGAUCCAUCAUCAACAACAACAACAAUAACAACAACAGCAACAGCAACAUCAUGGGUAUAUGUUUUUCUUCUACAAAGGUUGUUAGCGGUUCUAAUAGCAACACAACAAACAAUGAAAACCGUAAACGUAAUUCAACAUCAACAACAAAGACAGAAAACGCUCCGGUGACAACAACAUCGGCGACGGCGUCGACGACAAGGAAACGUCAAGUACCUAGCUCUAAUCAACGACGUAAAGGCUCAGAAGAAGCACAAAAGAAAACCCAUCAAUCAAGACAUAAAGAUAAAGUUAGUUCGCGUGUUCCUUGUGGAAAAAGAACGGAUUUUGGGUAUGAGAAAGAUUUUGAUAAGAGAUUUUCUCUUGGGAAAUUGUUGGGGCAUGGACAAUUUGGUUAUACUUAUGUUGGUGUUGAUAAAUCUAAUGGAGAUCGUGUUGCUGUUAAGAGACUCGAGAAAGCUAAGAUGGUUCUCCCUAUAGCCGUUGAAGAUGUAAAGAGAGAAGUCAAGAUAUUGAAAGAACUUACAGGCCAUGAAAAUGUCGUUCAGUUCUAUAAUGCUUUUGAGGAUGACUCAUAUGUGUACAUAGUUAUGGAGUUAUGCGAAGGUGGAGAACUACUAGACCGGAUAUUGGGAAAGAAGGACAGCCGUUAUACUGAAAAAGAUGCUGCAGUGGUUGUAAGGCAGAUGCUGAAGGUUGCAGCUCAGUGUCAUUUACAUGGCUUGGUGCAUCGCGACAUGAAGCCAGAGAAUUUUCUAUUCAAAUCAAACAAAGACGAUUCAGCUUUAAAGGCUACUGAUUUUGGUUUGUCUGAUUUCAUAAAACCUGGAAAGAGAUUUCAAGAUAUUGUUGGAAGUGCUUACUACGUUGCACCGGAAGUGUUGAAACGGAAGUCGGGCCCUGAAUCAGAUGUAUGGAGUAUUGGUGUGAUUACAUACAUAUUACUUUGUGGGAGACGACCAUUUUGGGAUAAGACCGAGGAUGGUAUCUUCAAGGAGGUCUUACGGAACAAGCCCGAUUUCCGACGGAAACCAUGGCCAACCAUAAGUAAUGCUGCAAAAGAUUUUGUGAGGAAAUUGUUGGUAAAAGAUCCUCGGGCAAGAUUAACUGCUGCUCAGGCUCUAUCACAUCCAUGGGUUAGAGAAGGAGGAGAGGCAUCCGAGAUUCCGGUUGAUAUAUCUGUCUUAAACAACAUGCGACAGUUUGUGAAGUAUAGUCGAUUGAAACAAUUUGCAUUAAGGGCAUUGGCUAGCACACUUAACGAAGGCGAGUUUUCUGAUCUAAAGGAUCAAUUUGAUGCAAUAGAUGUGGACAAAAAUGGCGCUAUUAGUCUUGAAGAGAUGAGACAGGCUCUUGCUAAAGAUCUCCCGUGGAAGUUGAAAGAAUCUCGUGUAUUAGAGAUAUUGCAAGCGAUUGACAGCAACACAGAUGGAUUAGUAGAUUUCACCGAGUUUGUAGCAGCUACAUUACAUGUACAUCAAUUGGAGGAACAUGACUCUGAGAAGUGGCAACAACGGUCACAGGCUGCUUUUGAUAAAUUUGACUUAGAUAAGGAUGGCUUUAUUACUCCGGAGGAACUGAGAAUGCAUACUGGUAUGCGAGGCUCAAUUGAUCCUUUGCUCGAGGAAGCCGAUAUUGACAAAGAUGGAAAGAUCAGCUUACCAGAAUUUCGGAGACUUUUAAGAACUGCAAGCAUUGGUUCUCGAAAUGUAUCAAGCCCAACUCAUCGUAAUCGAAGGAUGUAGUAUAGCUGUUUUUCAGAGGCUGGGAUAAUUCAGAUGCGAGAGUGGUGGAGUUCGAUCUCCCGUGAAGAUUAUGUCGAAGGCAUUGAGAUAUAUGUUCUGCAGAUUUCACACUCUCUGGCCGUUCUAUGGAACUCUGAAACUUAAAUUAUAUUGACUAUGGCGUCGUCUCGCAACGGAUUGUGUUAAAAGCUUAGUCUAGAGGACUGUGUCAAGAAGUGUUUCAUAGAGUGUGUAUAGACCCUGCUUGGAUUGGCUUCAGGUAUCAAAGUUGAGAGUUUCAAUCAAUGUACAUCAUUUUUAAAUGUCAGGGUUUUCUGGAUUUACUUGUGCCAUAACAUGUAAUGUGUAACUAUAAAUAAAACUCUUGUAUUCUACCCAAAAUGAAAAAAAAAAAAGAUUCUACAAAUAAUUAAGUGUCAAAUGAAAUAUAUUUAGAUUUAAAUUUCAA